AGUGUCAGAGGAGAGAGAAGAAAUAAAUAAUGAGAGAGAAAAAGGUGAGAGAGAGAGGUAGUUAUAAUAAUGUUGUAAUGGAAAGAGAAGAGAAACAGAAGAGAGAAAGAUAUGUCAGUAAUAGCAGAGGAGAGAGAAAAAAAAUUAACACAAUUAGACCUGAAAAGACCAAGCAAAAUAAAAAACAUGAAGACCUAAUUAACCCAGUUUUAAAAUCGGGUAUCAAAUGGAAAUUCAGCCCAAACUUGGGACUAAAUAGGUAUUUAAGCCUUAUUUUAAAUACACAUUUUAAACAAUUUUAUACAUUUGAAUAUAAAAGUGUUUUGAACUUCUUUAAAUACGUUUUGUUUUCACUUCCAGAAUUUAAGAACAGCAGACUCCUCGUUCUGCCAUUACUCUUGGAAAUUCAAAUUCGAAACGGAAGCAAAUCGAAUCGAUUUUGUAGGAAGAUGGAGCAGAUGCAAUCGCAAGUUAUGGAACACUUCGUGACUAAAAUCAUUUCUUCCUUCAGCGCUAACGUCCUAGCUUCCGUCCUUGUAGAAGCCACUGCUCACCGCAACCUCUUCGCUUUCUCAGAUUUUUUCUCCCUCUCAUCUCUUCAACAGCUUAAAGCAACUGAGAAUUGUGUUUAUCUUGAUAUGCUUCAGUUGUUUGCAUAUGGAACAUGGAGUGAUUACAAGAAUAAUGCUGGUCGUCUUCCGCAAUUGAUACCUGAUCAGAUCCUCAAGCUUAAGCAACUCACUGUUCUUACACUGGCUAGCACGUACGAGGUACUACCCUAUGACCAACUGAUGCAGGAGUUAGAUGUGACAAAUGUUAGUGAACUUCAAGAUUUUCUGAUUGAUGAAUGCAUGUACUCGGGACUAGUAAGAGGAAAGCUGGAUCAUCUUCGACAAUGCCUUGUGGUCCAGUUUGCAGCGUGUAGAGACUUGUGUCCUGCUAACCUUGGGAGUAUGAUACAGACACUCUCCAACUGGUUGUCUGAAUCAGAAAAUCUUCUUGUUGUACUUCAAGAGGAAAUAAUAUUGGCUGAUGCUAGGCAUGGAAUUGAGAAACUGCAAAAGCAGAGAGUGGAACUGAAUCUUCAAGAAGUAACGAAUAAUCUUGUAAAGGCCGUUCCGAUAACUGAUUAUGUAUCUUGUGGGAAGCAGGAUAAGUUGUGUAAAGGGUUUGUUCUGGAUAGCGUCCUUGCUUUAAUUUAAAACUCAUUUAGCAAACUUAGGCUCAAACCUUGAAAGUGUAAUACUCACAAUUGCAUUCUAUAAUUUUCUCCCACUUUUAUUCUGUUGAUUUGCCUAGAAGUUUCAUGUGAGAUCAUGAUACGUCUUUUUUCUCAUUAUGGCUGAUUGUAAGUACCUAUUUUGGGCAUUCAUUGGUGGAAUUCUGACAGAAAUGCAUCAGAAUUAGUAAGAAAAACGGAAAUCUAAUUCAAAUCAAUCCUCACACUGUAGCUCAAUAGUCGGUGGAUUCAUAAACGGAAAUGGUUAUGACAAAUUGCUGAAACAAAAUAUAUGUAACUCAAGUAUUCUCUUCCUUACCUAUAUUUUCCUACCCUCUGUAUCACCAAUAUUUGCCCACUAAACAGUUGCAACUAUUUUAAUAAAUCCUUAUGACUCUCAUCUUCUGUUACUAGUCUUUCUCUUUUUGAUAUAAACCUUCUUAAUGGCUGAUUUACUAACACGGUCUUUAUGUUUGAAUGGAACCAGUAAGUAUCUGUUAAAUAUUACAAAAAAUUUGUA